UGUCAUAUAUAAUUAGAAUGAUUUUUCAAUCUUUGUAUAAUUGCUUAUAAACUUAUUUGUGCUGUCCAAUUGUUUGUCGUGAUAUAGUUAAAUAACAUAAGGCUGCUUAAUAUUAGUAUCACAUGUGACUUAACCUAUAAAAAUGCCUAAACGAAAGCCAUUUAUAGACAAAAAAAAUUCUGUGACUUUCAACUUGGUUCAUAGGAGUCAACAUGAUCCUUUAAUUGCUGAUGAAACUGCUCCACAGCAUGUAUUGAUCGAAGCUCCACAGAAAAAUAAGAAGCCCGAUAAGAAGCGUGAAGAACUACAUAAAUAUGGAAUAUUUUAUGAUGAUGAUUAUGAUUACAUGCAGCAUCUUAAAGAACCAGGAAAAAAUGUUAUGUCAUGGGAAUUAUCUACUAAUGUGACCAACAAGGAGAAAAAUAAGGAAAGCCGAAAUAAUAUAAAAUUACCAAGUUCAGUUUUUGCUUCUGAGUUCGAGGAAAAUGAGGGACUUUUAAAUAAAGCAGCACCACACUCAGGACCUAGGCCAGACUUAGACCCAGAUAUUGUUGCAGGGUUAGAUGAUGAUUUUGAUUAUUCAGAUCCUGAGAAUAUACUUGAUGAUGAUUUUGUGUUGCAAGCAAUGGCAGAAGGAGAUACAGAAUCUGAAGGUUCUGAAUGUGAAUCAUAUGAUUCUGAAUAUGAAGAUGAAUUGGAAGAUGAGGUAGGAUCUCUUAACAGUGGUAAAUUUUCAUUUCGAGAUGAAGAAACAAAGUCACGUUUCACGGAAUAUUCAAUGAGUAGUAGUGUUAUGAGAAGAAAUGAGCAAUUAUCUCUUCUUGAUUCCAGAUUUGAAAAGAUGUAUGAAGAUUAUAAUGAUACUGAAAUUGGUGCACUGGAGUGUGAAGAAAUUGAAGGGGAAGUUUUGUGCAAUGCCGAUGUUUUGCUUCAGUAUGCCAAAGAAUUUGAACAGAGUCAAAUUAAAACAAAAAUGGAUAAAGAUGAGGAAAUCAAAAGAGCUUUGAAAUAUGAGCAAGAGUCAUCAUCUGAUUCUGAAGAUUUGGAAGUAAUGAGUGUUGAAGAUAAUUCUAAUAAAUGGGAUUGUGAAAGUAUAUUGUCUACAUAUUCUACUUUAUACAAUCAUCCUCGUCUUAUAGAGGAACCACAAGGACCUAGAAAGAUCAAAAUUAAUGCACGAACCGGAAUGCCCAUUAGUGCAAGUCAUAAUGAAAAUAAGUUAACAAUAAAAUCACUUGCAAAAUUUAAUAAUCUCAAUUCAGGAAUGGAUAAAUCAGAUGAUGCACAAUCUGUAUGUGCAGAAUCAGUUAUGUCAACAUUAAGUGUUCUCUCUAUUCGGCCCAAAAAUGAGACAUCUGUAGAACGUAAUCAAAGAAAGAAGUUGUUGAAAGAAUACCGCCAUGAGAGAAGAAUUGAGCGUAAAGCAAAUACUGCGGCAUUCAAAAAUGAAAAGAAAAGACAAGAAAAGAUCAGAAUGAAUAAUAAAAAUAAUAUACAAGGAAAA